AUGCAGAGGAGGAGCCGCGAGCGAGGCUGCCGCGCGGAAAGCCUCUUUUGGGAGGUGGGGGCUGCGGAAGGGCCUGGGGGCUGCGCAGAGGCCAAAACCUGGGGCCCCUCCGCGGAGGCCCCCGAAGCCAAGCGCCAGAGGCUGGCUCACCAACCGGCUCUGUGCAUUGUGAGCGGGGACCCCCUCGCCACUCCCCCUCGCCCCGGCCAGGAUGGCACCGACUCUCCAGGCGACUUCCACGUGCAAGUUUUGGUGGCCUCCGUGGGCCCUGCGGGCAGGUCUCCAGAAGCGCUCGGGCCCUCUGCCAAUGGGCAGCUCUGGUGCAUCCCACGCCAUGGGAGCAACAUCCAGAUGAUCUUCACCUUUGAAAAUGCCCAGCAGCCCUGCUUGCCUGUGGAUGCCCCAACCUGCCCAGGGUCGGUGCGGGCUUUCUGCAAGCGGCUGAAGGAGCAUUUCCGCAGAGAAUGCCGUCCGGGGCCCCUGUACCUGGAGAAGGACUUGGUGCAGCAUCACCUGGACGGCAGGGGCGGGAGGCGUGCGGCUCUGAGGCGCUGCCCCCUGGGAGAGCAGGGGGAGGCCUCCGUGGAGAGGAGCCGCUUGUUCCAGGGCACCAGGAAACCCGGCCUGGGCAGCAGAACCAUCCUGGUCCUGGGGAAGGCCGGCACGGGGAAAAGCCACCUGGUGCAGAAGAUCUGCCUGGACUGGGCCGAGGGCCGGAUGCCCCAGUUUGACCUUGUUCUCCGAUUCGACUGCCGGAGGCUGAGCCUGCUGCAGGGCUCCUGCCACGACUUCCGGGCCCUGCUCUUGGAUUCCCUGGGCGGCUCCUGCCAGGGCGUCGAUGACGUCUACCACAGCCUCUUGCAGAAGCCGGAGCGGCUCCUCCUGCUGUUUGACGGCAUGGAAGACCUGAAGGAGGGUCCCGAGGGCUCCUCCUCCGCGUCAGGGAGCCCGGCCGGCAGGGGAGCCCACCGCCUGGGGGCCACCUUGGCCCCCCUCUUCCAAAGGAAGGGGCUCAGCGGCUGCACUUUCUUAUUGACCGGACAGCGCAAAGGGAGGCUCCCCCCGUGUUUCCCCCGGGUGGACUCGGUCCUGGAGGUGGUGGACUUCUCCCCGGAGCAGGCCUCGCUCUGCCUGGCCGGCUCUUUCGAGGGCUCCUCCCCCUGGGAGCAGGAGGCGAACCCCGUCGGGAGCUCUCCUUACCUGCUCAGCCUUUGCUGCAAUCCCGGCCUCUGCCGGUUCAUUGGCCAGGCGGCGUCUGAAACGAGAGGCCAAGAGCUGCCCUCCACCCUCACCGGCCUCUUCGCCACCUACCUUCUCCAGAAGGCGGCAGGCUGCGGGUGCCAGGCCCUCCCUGCCCUGGCCGAGGUCUCUUGGUCUCUCGGGCAGCGUUGCCAAAGGGCCCUCCUGAGCGAGCAGUUCCCUUCCGCAGACGUGAAGGAGCUCGCUCUCCGAACUGGACUCAUGACGGAGCAGCGGGGUGUUUGCGUCUUCUCCAACUUCGCUGCCCAGAAUUUCUUGGUGGCGCUGCAUUUGACUCUGGCCAAAGAGAUCAAGGGCAAAAAACUCACCAAAUUCCUUGGUCUGGGCGCCAAGUUCCGGAAGUUUCUCUCUUCGUGGGGCCUGGUGCCCCGUUUCUUGUCCGGGUUGCUGUUCUUAAAGGACGACCUCAGCAGCUCUCUCCUUUUGGGCAAGGGAGGCGACUUAGGAGACACGGAGAACCUGAUCGCAAGGAAGCAGAGGAGCCUCUCCAGAUUCAUCCGGAAACUUCCCCUGAGGGAUUUCAGGCCGGACAAGUUGCUGGAGCUGCUGCACUGCGUCCAUGAAACCGAAGACCAGCCCCUCCGGAAGCACUUGACCCUGGAGCUCCGGCCGGACCUCUCCUUCGUGGGCUUCUCGCUCGCCCCGCCAGACGUCAGCGUCCUGCACGCUGUGUUGGGAACGUCCCCCAAGAAGUUCUCUUUGGACCUGAGGGGGACCGGCAUCCACUUGGAUGGACUCAGGAAGCUGGUUGGCCUGAAGAACGUCACCAAGUUCAGGGUGUCCCUCAGGGAAGCUGUGGGGCUCUGGAAGCACCUGUGGGGCGCCCAGGAGAGGGAAGCCCUGCAGGCAGCCCUGGAGAAGUUCCUGGUGGAGCCCUUCAGGGCGAAGACGAUGGGGGACGUGGACGCCCUCCUCGCCCUGGUGCAGCUGCAGAGAGACAUGGCCGAAGGCAGGGAAGACUCGGCGGGUUCCGGCGUUCGUCUUAUUCCAGCCGUCGCUGGGUUCCUGCAACUAGAAUUCAGCCUCGGGCCCAGCUGUGGCUUGGAGGGCUUCCGAAAGUUGGCGGGUUCUUUGGUGGCCUUCUCGGCUCUUCAGCACUUGGACUUGGAUUCCCCCGAUGAAAACGAAAUCGGAGAUGAAGGGGUGAGGUCCCUCACCCGCGUCCUUCCUCGCUUGGCGUCUCUGGAAACGCUGAACUUGUCCCGGAACAAGAUCUCCGACCUGGGGGCUGAGUUGUUGGCCCAAGCCCUCCCCUCCCUGCGUUUGCUGAAGACCCUCAGCUUGUACGAGAACAACAUCGGGGAUGCCGGGGCGGAGCGUGUGGCAAAGGUGCUGCCCCAGAUGUGUGCCUUGCAGGUGCUGGACCUGCACUGCAACCAGAUAUCUGCCGCCGGAGCCCGGUGUCUGACGGAGCGCCUGAGAAGAUGCCCCCGCAUCCAGAGCUUGGCGCUGUGGAACCCCACAAUCCCUCACGGGGUUCUGGAUCACCUGCAGCAGCUGGAUUCUCGGAUCAGAAGGUUUUAGGGGCAGCCCCUGGCCGGAGGAAAUUCUGCUGCUAAAUUAAAGCUGUGUGGUCUUCUGUUUCUCCAUCCACCCGAGGACCGGAUCCUCUUUCCGAAGGAAUCCUCUCCAGGGCAGUUGACGCCAGGUCCCACAUUCUGCGAAGUGGCCGAAGGCAAGGGAAAUGUGUGUGCGUGUCUGCAGAGAGGUGGAAGCGUCAAAAGUUAUUUGACUUAGCAGAGAUAUCUAUGGAGAAUAAGCAACUGACUUCUUAAGAAAGAAAAAAAACCUACGCAAUGCUGGUGCUUUCUGAAUAAACUCCGCUCCUUUUGAGAGCCGAUAACCUUUCUGGAGUAUUUCUGCAUGAAUGUACAAUCAGCCCCUCGCAGCUUGCUAAAAUGUUUGGAGAAAUAAUGUAAGGAACGCAUAAGUAGGAUAGGCAGAACUGGACCCCUGGACCCCAGGGGUCAUUUGACGUGUUCGCCGCUGUGGAGGGUGCAUAUGUGCUGGUGUGCAUCUGGGCCUAGAGGCUUUCCACUGGCGAUCGGAGCACCCAGCCUCUGCUGAGAGUGAACUCUAGUGUACAGUUUUCAUACCCCUGAGAGAGAGCCAAUAAAUCUUUUUCUAG